GAGGAGGUUGUGAGAGAGCUGAGGAUCGAACGGGUCCGGCAAGCACAUGAUGAAGAGUCGUGGAUCCUAGGCUUGACGAAGUAUUUGGUUCGUGAGAUCCGGGAUCUGACACAAGAGAAUGCUAAGAUGUUUGGAUCUAUUGGCAUGAAUUAUGAAGUGGAUCAGUCGGAUCUGCUCUUCUACUGCCCGACUACUAAGGAAGCAGCUGCAGAUCGAGACAAGUUGAUGCGACUAGUCAUACCUGAGACGCUUCAACAAGAUAUUCUGCACCAUUACCAUACCAGUCUACAGGGCGGUCACCAAGGGGUUGGCCGCACCUAUGACCGGAUCCGUGAUCAAUUCCACUGGAGGGGUUUGUAUAAGAGUGUGCAACGAUAUGUGGGAGAAUGCAUUGACUGUGAGACAGGCAAGGGAAAACCUCGGAUCCAGGGCGAGUCGCCUGGUAACCUUCAGGAAACGUACCCAUUUCAGAUCAUCGCCAUGGAUCAUAUACCCUGGCUGCCUAGAUCCUUCAACGGCAAUACCGAAUUGCUGAUCUUUGUGGAUCUAUUCUCGGGAUAUGUGAUCGCCAAGGCUAGUGCCUCCAGAUCCGCUCAAACAAUUGCCGAGACCUAUGAAGAAUGUGUCUUUCGUCGAUUUGGUGCGAGCGAGGUGAUCCGACACGAUCGGGAGCCAGCUUUUAUGUCUGAUUUCUUUAAGUCGUUCAACAGGAUCCUGGGACAACGUCAACGGGCCACUAUGGCAUAUAGACCCCAAGCCAACGGAUCUGCGAAACGUAUGGUCCAGACAACUACCAGGGCUCUCAAAAUGUAUGUGGAAGUUCUGGACCAACGAGAUUGGGAUGAGUACGCAGAACGAGUCACCUUCGCGAUCAAUACCGCAAGGGAUCGGAUCCGGGGCGAAACACCUUUCUAUAUGAUACAUGGCUGGGAUCCUAGAUCUACCCUGGACGCUGUGAUCCUGGUGGGGAGCACUCGAAGGCACGAUCGAGACCCUAGAAGAUGGCGAUAUCGGAUGCAGAAGUAUUAUUAG